GUUGCGCAUGCGCAGGCGUCCUCGCUUGCUGUGCGACGCGACGUAAAGUGCCGCUGACUGGUCCCGGCGUGUCCUCUAGGACUUACCCAGAAGGCUUCGCUUCGCUCUCGGGUCAAAAUGGCGGGCCGACCUGCUGUUACAGCAUCAGGCCGGUGGCUGGAUAGUUUUCGAAAGUGGUAUUAUAACGCUGCAGGAUUCAAUAAGCUGGGCUUAAUGCGAGAUGAUACAAUAUAUGAAGAUGAAGAUGUAAAAGAAGCUAUAAGAAGGCUUCCAGAGAACCUUUAUAAUGACAGAAUGUUUCGCAUUAAGAGAGCACUGGACCUGAGCAUGAAGCAUCAGAUCUUGCCUAAAGAACAAUGGACAAAAUAUGAGGAGGAUAAAUUCUACCUUGAACCAUAUCUCAAAGAGGUUAUCCGGGAAAGAAAAGAAAGAGAAGAAUGGGCAAAGAAGUAAUCACAUAGUUGAAGUCUGUGAAUGCAGCUGUCUUCAAAAUAUUUUUAUGAACUUGGUUAAGCCUGAGACAUGUAAUUUAAGAAUUAGUCUACAGACACCCUAUGUUAAAUAAAUGUCUGUUGUAAUCA